AUGUCGCUGGCCGGGCUGGACAAGAACGUGUUCAAGAAGACGCUGGCGGUCGUUGGAGUGCGCGUCGAGGCCAAGAAAAUCGGUGCCGUGAUCAAGAAAUUGCACGGCCACUUGCUCAAUCUGCCGCGGCUGCGGAACGUAGUGCCCGACCCGAUUCAAGCGGACCCGCACAAGAAUGCCAGCAGCAAACUGAUUCUGCUCGAGACUGACGUGAAAGAUACCGAGACGUUGCAGCCACUGGAUGAGGAGAUUGUGAGCUUUUUGAAGCAGGAGAGUCUGGCGAUUGUACGGCAUGCCAUUGAGCUGGACUAUAGCUACUUUGCCGUGGACCAGGUGCUCAGCGAGCUGUUGCCAAAAGGCAUUGACAUCCCCAGCUCGUUCGAGACGGUCGGACACAUUGCUCACUUGAACCUGAGAGACAGGCAGUUGCCGUACAAGCGUGUCAUUGGGCAGGUCAUUCUGGACAAGAACGCCCAGAUCCGGACGGUGGUGAACAAGACGGAGAACAUUGAGACCAAGUUCCGCACGUUUCCAAUGGAAGUCUUGGCUGGCGAAGACAACAUGGACGUGGUGGUGCAUGAGAGCAAAGCGACGUUCAAGUUCAAUUAUGCUGAAGUGUACUGGAACUCUCGACUGCAACAGGAACAUCUGCGGAUCAUCCGUUGUAUCAAGCCUAGUGACGUGGUGUGCGACAUGAUGUGCGGAAUCGGUCCGUUUGCGAUUCCAGUGGCCAUGAAAGGUGCCAAAGUGUAUGCAAACGACUUGAACCCGCGAAGCUAUCAUUACUUGAAAGAAAACAUCGCGCUGAACAAAGUCGACGAGUUGGUGACACCGUACAAUCUGGACGGCCGUGUGUUUCUGGCGCAAUUACUGGAUGAGAAGCAGCAGUUUACACAUGUGCUAAUGAACCUUCCGGCUAUUGCGCUCGAGUUUCUCGAUGCGUUUCCACGACAGUUUGAUCACUGGGAAGGCGAGCUGCCCUUCAUUCACUGCUACUGCUUUUCGAAUGCUGCAGAUGUGGAAAAGGACGUGAAAGAGCGCGUCGAAACGAUCAUGGGCGGUGAACUGGACUUGGACAGGACGUCGGUCCAUCAUGUGCGGGACGUGGCACCCAAGAAAGCUAUGGUCUGCAUCUCGUUCCAACUGCCCGAGUCGAUCGCAUUCAGCUCGGAGCGUCUGGCAAUGAAACAGAACGAUCUAAAGCGGCGGAAGGUGGAGGCUGAGACUUUGGCUUGA